AUGGACGGAGCAGUCAGACCUGCGCUGGGCGCCCAAAGCGCAUCAUCCAUCCACUCCGUUUCCCACAGUCUUUAUAGCAUGUGGUCAGAAGGCAAGAUGUCUCCGCGCUCGCGGCAUACCUUGGGAAUAUCUCUGCUGCUGGUCACGGUUUUAUUAUGGACUGCCUCUAACUUCCUCGCAUCGACCAUCUUCGCCGACGACACAUACUCGAAACCGUUCUUCGUCACCUACAUUAAUACUGCCUUCUUUGUCAUUCCUUUGGGUCCUAUAUUGUUCCGGAAGGCUCGCCGCGAUCCCGAGCAGUUCCGCCAGUUGGCCGAUGCGGUCAAGCGACCAUUUUCGAAGGGCGGCGUCACCGCUUAUGCGCCGGUAAAAGAACAGGAGGAUGGUGCGGAGAGGGAGGCGUUUUUGGAGCACCGGCAGGAUGAGGACGCAGGAUCGGCCGACUUGGAGGCCGCGGGCGCGUCGCAGACGUUGAGCGUUGAGCUCGGCGACCCGCCGUUGGAGCACACGGAGGGGCUGACGUUCGUGGAUACGGCGAAGUUGAGCUUCGAGUUCAGCAUCGUCUGGUUUCUGGCCAACUACUUCACCGCCGCUUGCCUCGAAUACACUACCGUCGCUAGCAGCACGAUCCUGACGUCAACCAGCAGUAUCUGGACGCUCCUGGUCGGCGCCUUCAUCGGGGUCGAGCACUUCACGAUCCGCAAGCUGCUGGGCGUACUCGCUUCGCUGGCCGGCAUCGUGCUGAUCAGCACUGUGGACAUCUCGGGCACGAACAACAGCGACGAAAACCGUGGGUCCUUCCCAUCCAAGACGCAGGGCGAGAUUGCACUGGGCGAUGCGCUGGCCUUUCUGUCGGCUGUCAUGUACGGCUUCUACGCCGUCCUGAUGAAGAAGCGCAUCGGCGACGAGUCGCGUGUCAGCAUGCCGCUCUUCUUCGGCCUCGUCGGUCUCUUCAACGUCAUCGUCCUAUGGCCGGGCUUCUUCCUGCUCGAUAUUACCGGCAUCGAGCCCUUUGAGUUCCCGCCCACGUUUCGUGUCACGGCCAUCGUGCUUGUCAACAGCGCCACCUCGCUCGUCUCGGAUAUGUGCUGGGCCUACGCCAUGCUGCUGACCGGCAGUCCGCUCGUUGUGACGGUUGGCUUGAGCAUGACGAUUCCAUGCUCGCUGAUCGGCCAGAUACUGAUCAACGGUCAAAUGAGUCACUGGGCGUACUGGAUUGGUGCCGUCGUGGUGCUGGCCAGCUUCAUCUUCGUGAACCACGAAGAAGUUAAGGAGGAAGAGGAGACUGCAGAGGCGCCUGCAUCAGCCAUCUUCUCGUGA